AUGCUGUCCAUUCGAACGGUUGCCGCCCCUCUGCGGCGCCAAUGUUUGGCAACAACCCCUCGAGCCGUCGCAUCUCUAUCCUUCCAGAACCAAAGAUAUUACUCCGACAAAGUUGCCAAGUUCACCGGUACCAAGGCAGCCAAUGGUCGCUAUCCCGUCAGCAUUAUUGAGGGUGACGGUAUCGGACCCGAAAUUUCACAAGCCGUCAAGGACAUCUUCGAGGCUGCCAAGACACCUAUUAGCUGGGAGCCCGUUGACGUCACCCCCAAACUAGUAGAUGGAAAGACAACAAUUCCUUCCGAGACGAUCGAGAGCAUCCAAAGAAACAAGGUCGCCCUCAAGGGUCCUCUUGCUACCCCGGUUGGCAAGGGCCAUGUCUCUCUUAACCUAACUCUUCGACGAACCUUCAACCUCUUUGCGAACUUGCGACCCUGCCGAUCUAUCGCUGGCUACAAGACACCGUACGACAAUGUCGAUACUGUCCUAAUCCGAGAGAACACCGAGGGCGAAUACUCGGGUAUUGAGCACGUUGUGGUCGAUGGUGUAGUCCAGAGCAUCAAGCUUAUUACCCGCGAGGCCAGUGAGCGUGUCCUACGAUUCGCCUUCCAGCACGCCGAGGAGAUUGGCCGCAAGAAGGUUCGCGUAGUUCACAAGGCUACCAUCAUGAAGAUGUCCGACGGUCUCUUCCUCAAGACUGCCCGUGAUGUUUCCAAGGACUUCCCUGGCAUUGAAUUUGAUGCUGAACUUCUGGACAACACCUGCUUGAAGAUGGUCACUGAUCCUCUACCAUACAAUGACAAGGUCCUAGUCAUGCCUAACCUCUACGGUGACAUUCUUUCCGAUAUGUGCGCUGGUCUUAUCGGUGGUUUGGGUCUCACCCCCUCCGGCAACAUCGGUGACGAGUGCUCCAUCUUCGAAGCCGUGCACGGAUCUGCCCCUGAUAUCGCUGGCAAGAGCCUGGCCAACCCUACUGCCCUACUUCUUAGCUCGAUGAUGAUGCUAAGGCACAUGGGAUUAACCGAUUACGCUAAUAGAAUCGAGAAGGCUACAUUUGAUACCCUGGCAGAAGGAAAGUCGCUAACGGGCGACUUGGGUGGAAAGGCGAAGACUCACGAGUACGCGGCUGCUAUCAUUUCCAAAUUGUAG